AUGAAAGGCAGUUUUAUAUCUUCGUCGGUAACAUUUGUGAAUGGGGGAAAUAAUUUGAAAGGUUUGAUAUUGGAAAAAAGAAAGGCUGGUGAAGAGGAGUUUGCCAUAGAAUUAAAAAGAUAUUUCCGCAAAUGCGGUAGCGUCACAAUGUUGACAAAAAAUCAUAAAUCAAAUUUGAAAGCGUAG